AUGAAAGAGGAUGAAACCGUUUCUGGACUUGGAGUGACUGAAGCGGAAGAUGUUCAUACUGCUAGAACUCUUCGCCCUCGCAAGAGCAGGAUAAUUGUUCACCACCAGGAAGUCGCAGAGCUUGACCAAGCUCUCACAAGAGCUGAUGAUGAUGCUAGAUGGAAAGGAAAAGCUAAUGCAGCGACGGGGCAGGCCUUGAGGUCUGACCGCCAGGCUGAUACAAGGAGAAUUUCAAAUUUAUGGAUUAUGUGGAAAAGAAAUCUGGGUUGUCCGGUGGUGAUCUCAGAAUCCUCUCAGCAUAUUACGGUUGCUCUGACUUGGGACCUCACCCAAAUGCAAGUCUCCUUCAUCCAUGCUAGUAGUUUUAGGGCGGAGAGAAGAGAUCUUUGGUUGGACUUGGCUGCGGAUAUUCCUACCACUCCCACUCCGUGGGCAAUGGUUGGUGACUUUAAUGCUACCCUUCAGUCUCAUGAAAAGAAGGGCCCAGGAAACUUCAGCAUGGGGUCAGCUGCGGAGUAUAGUGCUAUGGUGGACUCUUGCUUCAUGUCGCAAUUGCCUUCGAGUGGGAGAAAAUUUACAUGGAGCAACAAUCGAAAAACUGGUAAUGUGUCUGCAGUGCUUGACAGAAGCUUUUGCAAUGAGCAAUGGCUGACCAUUUUCCAAGACUCCUCUCAAGUGGUUUUGCCUAGAAUAGCUUCAGAUCAUGGACCAAUUUUGAUGACUGCAAUUGCUAGUCAGCGCCCCUUAAACUGUCCAUUUCGGUUCCAUCAGUUCUGGAUGGACCACGAGGAAUUUAAUAAUGUGGUGGCAUCGUCUUGGUUUGAAUGGAUUGCAGGACCACCUAUUGCUGUUCUCACUUCCAAAUUGAAGUGGCUGAAAGGGGUUUUGAAGACCUGGGCGAGAUCAGCCUUCCCUCACAUUGAUAGAGAGCUUGAGGACGCGAAGACGGUCCUGAACCAAAUUCAUGACCAGAUUGCGAGAGAAGGGAUGAACGACCAUUUGUUUUCCUUGGAAGCUGAUGCGAAGACCGGCUUGGUGAAGGCCUUGGAAAAUCAUGAAAAAAUCUGGGCUGAAAAGGCGAGAAUUAGAUGGCUGAAAGUUGGUGAUCGAAACUCCAAAUAUUUUCACCUUUCUGUCAAAAUGAGAAGAAACAAAAAUACAAUCAGAGCACUCAAGAGGCUGGACGGUACCAUGGUGGAAGGGAAAAAUCAGAUAGGGGAGUAUAUUGUCGAUUUUUUUGAGCGCUUUCAUAAAGAAGCUCCCACAGAGACCCAUGAAGAUUUACUAGAUAAUAUCCCGAAAGUCCUUAACCAAAUGGACUGUUAUAUGUUGGAUUCCCUCCCUGGAAAUGAAGAAAUAAGGAGGGCAGUGUGGGAGUUGGACCCGGAUAGCUCGUCGGGCCCUGAUGGGUUCUCUGGUGUUUUUUUUCGCAAGUGCUGGUCCUUAGUGGAAGUGGAAGUGUGCAAUGCGGUGAAACAAUUUUUUAGCACUGGAUACAUGCCCCACGGGGUCAAUAAUAAUUUCCUGGUCCUUAUUCCAAAGGUGGAGGGAGCAAACUCACUGGAUAGAUUUCGCCCUCUCUGCAUGGGCAAUUUCUUUUGCAAAAUUAUUUCUAAAGUUAUGGCGAUGCGACUGGAACCUCUCCUUCCUCGCCUGAUUUCAGAAGAGCAGGGUGCAUUUCAGAAGGGGAAGUUGAUUCAUGAUAAUAUCUCUGUGGCAUCUGAGUUAGCAAAUUUAAUGUUCUCAGCGACCAGAGGUGGGGGUCUUGGCCUGAAAAUUGAUAUCAGGAAGGCUUACGAUGCUAUUUCUUGGUCUUUCAUUUUUCAAGUUUUGAGUAAAUUUGGUUUCUCCAAUAGUUGGAUCAACUGGCUGCAUCAACUUCUGAUAUCGUCAAAAAUAUCUAUUCUUGUGAACGGAGGUCCUCAGGGUUACUUCGGGGUGGAGCGCGGGCUAAGACAAGGUGAUCCUAUAUCUCCUAUGCUAUUUAUUAUAGCCGAAGAAGUUCUAUCUAGAGGGCUGUCGAGUCUGGUUCAGUGCAAGGAGCUACGGGCAAUCCAUGGCCCAAGAGGCACUGCCACUCCUGGGCAUAUCCUAUUCGCGGAUGAUAUCUUCAUAUUCACCAACACCUCCUUGAGGUAUGUUCGUACCCUCAAAAAAUUCUUGAUGAAAUACCAAGACUUUUCAGGCCAGUGCAUUAGCCUAAAGAAAAGUAAACUCUUCCUCGGGAAGAUUGCUCCAGAUCGAAAGCAGGUCAUUGCUGAUACCCUCGGAAUUCAGAUCUAUAACUUCUCGACUCGAUACUUGGGUGUUGAAAUAUUUAAGGGAAGAGUGAAGAAAGAGGCCCUUCUGCCAGUGAUGGACAAGGUGAAGGGGCACCUAGCGGGUUGGAAAGGCAACCUAUUGUCUUUGGCAGGAAGAACAUAA